CUUUUCUCUAUCCACUCUAUUUAAAUGUCUCAUCCUGUGCUCUCUUGCCGUCAAUCACAAUCCUCACAUUUUUUUUAAAGGGUGUUCAUCGAUGGUUUUAGGAAAGCAAGGUCAAUGCAGAUUUCAGGAGUCAAGUUCUUCGGGCAUUCUACAAUGUUGAUCUAAGUUUUGAAGAUUUAAUUUCUGAGCCCAAAAAAGAAAACGUCUGAAGUACCAUUUGACAAGAGCUGGAUUCCUUCUGUAAUUUCUUGGUCAAACCUUCGUGAGGCUGAUGGAUCUAGUGAUACCCAUAGAAAGCAAUGUUGACCAGUUGCAAGAAUUAGACAUCGAGAAGUUAGAGAAAUUAAAGGAAACAUUUCAAGGGAUGGAGGACCAUGGCACACAUAGAUUGAUGGCUGUUAAAUUAUAUAAAGCUAUAGAAAAUGAUGACGUUGGCGGUUUCAUUUUUAACUUGGAACAAGUUGAACAAGUGAGUGCAUCAGGGAAUUCAGUGCUUCACAAGGCAGCAAGUUUUGGAAGCAUAAAGAUAGCUAAGCUCAUCGUUGAUCACUUCCCCUUCCUUCUUACCAGGAGAAAUGUUUUAGGUGAUACUGCACUUCACGUCGCAGUCAAAGCUAGAAAGUUGGAUGUGGCAACCAAAGAUAGCAAAUUUAUCGACGUAAUGGAAGUCCUCAUUGAUGCUAAUGUUAAUGACCGUGAACAGUUAUUAGAAAUGAAGAACAACGUUGGAAACACUGCCCUGCAUGAAGCUGUCAUAGCUCAGUGUGUUGAUGCUGUGCAAUGUUUAUUUUCGCAAAAUAAAAAAGUGUCAUACUAUUUGAAUGACGGAGGUGAAUCUCCAUUAUGUCUAGCCAUUGAAACUGGAAAUAUAGAAAUUCUUGAACAUCUGUUAAAAGCUCCAUAUAAAAAUGGCGGGCUGAUUGAAAGGCCUCGGAAAGAGUCACCUGUUCAUGCUGCCAUCUUCAUGAAAAGACGAGAUAUGUUGGAAAAAAUAUUCAAGAAGAAUGAACAUCUAUUCCACAUAAGAGAUGAAAAGGGGAAGAUGCCAUUGCAUUAUGCAGCAUCCAAAGGUUACAUAGAUGGCGUUCGAUUCCUGUUAACAAAAUUUAAACAACAUGCCUUUGAAAGGAGUAAAAAUGGUGACUUUCCUAUUCAUGCUGCAUGCAAAAGAGGCCAUACAAAGGUAGUCAAAGAGUUUCUUCAACAACAGUGGCUUUAUCCAACAGAAUUACUCAACAAAAAGAGCCAGAAUAUUCUUCAUGUUGCUGCUGAGAAUGGAAAAAACGAUGUGGUAAAAGCCAUACUGGGUGACUCAAAACUUGAGGAGCUUAUAAACGCAGUAGACGAGAAAGGAAACACAGCUUUGCAUUUGGCGUCACAGAAGCUUCGUUCUAAAGUCAUAUGUACUCUCACGUGGGAUAAGAGAGUUGAUUUAAAACGCAGAAACAAGGAAGGCCUGACUGCUAUUGAUAUUGCUUCAAGUAAUCGAAACGAUUUGAAAGCUACGCAGGACUUAACACUUUGGAUCUUAAGUUCAGCUGACACACCCUACAGUGAAAAGGGAAAGAAGAUUAGCUUGAAACAAGAAAGAGAACCACCAAAAUUGGAGCAAAUUCAGAACCUGAUCAACGUAAUUUUGGUGAUAGCAGUGCUAGUGGCCACCGUGACCUUUUCUGCUGCCUUAACUGUUCCGGGUCGUCUCAACCGCUCUGAUGCGGUACAUAGAUUGGCUUUCCAGGUUUUCAUUAUCUGUGAUUCCAUAGCUAUGUAUUUCUCCAUGACAGGGGCUUUCGUCCUCAUAUGGGCAUUAGUAGCCAGUGACAGGGAAAAGUUCGCCAUUAAUUUCGCUUUAAUUGUACUGAUAGUAGCUAUUUUCGCGAUGUCCAUGGCAUUCAUGGCCGUUGUAUACAUAGCCCUGAGUAAUAUUCCUUGGAUUUCGUAUUCUCUUUUGGCUGGGGGAAUCUACUACCUUCUCACUUUCAGCUUCAUUUUCACUUCCUUGAUGUUCCCAAAAUUUAGGACUUCCAAUCGUAUCUUAUAUUUCAUUUGUCACUAUCUCGUUCCAUACAAGCUUUUUUGGGUCCGAAUUUGGGAACGAGUCCCUUUAACAUAAUGUUCUACUGAUGCUUUUAUUCGCCCAACGUUGGGAACAAGUAGAUGAUAGCAAAGCAAGAGUCUCAGCCAGAGAGAGAAGAUUUGCAGGAGGAAGGCCGCAUAAGGGAGGACUAGCUCAUUUCAAAUAUACAUAAUGGUCGUUCAUAUAUAUUGUGAUCAAUCUCAAGCCACUUCUCAAAUAAUAAAAGCUUCUGGGACUUCUCAAAUAUGGAAGGGUUGUGAUUGUAAUAAGAUGUUUGGACAUUAACAAGCAUCAUAUCCUAUGGAUUGUAAUAUUUUAGAUGUUUGGACUUUACCAAGCACCAUUUCCUAUAGUAGAAGGUAUCUUUAUGAUAACAUGUAAAUGAGAGUGGGGUAAGUUAUACGACAUACAACACUCUUAUAAGUUAUUAUGGUUUCUUAGUGGAGUUUAUGGUGCAUGUGUUUUUCUUA